GCCCUCUCUGUCGCCUCCUUCCCCUAUCUUAACUCCCUCCCUUCCCUUUCCUCCAUCACUCUCCUCUCCCCCAAAAAGCUGCCUCCGUCCGUCCCCGUCCUCCCCACCCCCACCACCACCGUACGCGCAGACAAGCCAAAAAUUUAACCCACCGCGCGCGGUUACACACGAGCCAGCUACCAGUAGCCGCGGCAGGCAGCAGGCAGCAGGCAGCAGCUCGAUCAAGCUGCCGCGCCGAGACAUCGGAGAAGAGCAGGCGCGUAGGUGCUGCCAAGGAGUAGUUAAGGCGCAGAUUUUUCACGCAUGCCGCGGGGACUCGGGCGUAGACAGUAGAGGCCGGGCGAUACAGCCGCGAUCUAUGGAUCUGGGCGCAUGGCGGGAUUCCCUCUAGGCGGAGGAGGCCACCACAGCCGCGGCGGACGCGACGACGACGGCAGCCACCCUCCCGGCAUCAACCCCUCCUCGUCUUCCUCCGCGGCCGCCUUCCUCUACGCCACCACCCCAUCGCGCGGCGGGUUCCAGCUAUGGCAGGGGCAGCCGCAGCCGCAGCACGAGCAGCAGCACCACCAGUUCUACGGCGGCGCCUCCUCCAGCAUCAUCCGCUUCGCCGAUGACCCGGCCGCAUCCGGGUCUUCGUCGCGGGGCGGAGGGAGAGGGUCUGGCGCUGGCGCGGGCGCGGGCACAAUCAGCUGCCAGGACUGCGGCAACCAGGCCAAGAAGGACUGCCCCCACAUGCGCUGCCGCACCUGCUGCAAGAGCCGCGGCUUCGACUGCGCCACCCACGUCAAGUCGACGUGGGUCCCUGCCGCCCGCCGCCGCGAGCGACAUCACCAGCAGCCGCAGGGGCAGACCUCCGCCGAGCCGUUCAAACGCCCUCGCGAAGCCGGCCAGCCCUCCUCCACCACCCCUACCACUACUUCCUCAGGGGAGCAUCAGCAGCAGAUGAUGGCGGCCGACAGGUUCCCGCGGGAGGUGAGCUCAGAGGCGGUGUUCCGCUGUGUGCGGCUGGGCCCGGUCGACGAAGCCGAGGCCGAGGUGGCGUACCAGACCACCGUCAGCAUCGGCGGCCACGUCUUCAAGGGCAUCCUGCACGACGUAGGCCCAGACACCUCCAUCACCGGCGGGACCCGCACCGGUCACCACGCCGUCGAAGGUUCCUCCCCGAGCACGGCAGCUGCUGGCGGCGCCGAAGGAGGCAGCGGAUCUACGGGUGCCGCUGCAGUGUCGUCAUCGGCUGUGGUGAUGGACCCGUAUCCCACGCCCGGCCCGUACGGUGCUUACGGCGGCGCGCCAUUCUUCCACGGCCACCACCCGAGGUGAUCAUAGGCAAGGUCACCUCAUCGCGCGCUUUAGACGCCAUGCCUUGGUUCGCUUUACCGUUAACUCUGAAAUUCUUAGAUAAUGCUGCUGCUGCUGCGAUCAAUCGACAUGAUGGCUUCGAUUGAUCUUGUUGAUGCAUACAUAAAUUGAUGCGCUGGUUUUCUUUAGUUCAUCAGGUCAGGUCAGCUAAUAAAGCUGGAACUAGCUAGGGAACAAACAAUGAUUAAAAAUUGAAAUCUGACAGUUGAUUAGUUUGGCUGCCUGCUUUGCCUUGAUAGAGAAUGGUUUGAUUGA